CACUGCAGCUGAUGACGUAUCUUGUCUCCUCAAAAGGGAACUUUGAGCAAGAUGCGGCCUGGACACUUACUCGCCCUGCCUCUCUUUCCUCGAGGUGUCCCCGGAGCAGGCAUCUCUCCCAGGCUGAAUUUACGCUGGCAUAACAUCCAGCUUCUGGUCCCUGAUCACACUAUAAAACACAGCUUUUGUCCCUGGAUAUAAAUGCCACUUACAAAUUGGUUCUGUCACAAAAACAUGGGGAAAGUGGAUUAAACUGCCAAAACUGUGGCACUACGGCCCUGAAAACAUCAAGAAAAUCAAGAUUAUGGCAACCAGACUGAUUGAUAAGUGGCAAAUAGAAGGAGAAAAUGUGGAGGCAGUGACAGACUUUGUAUUUUUAGGCGCAGACUGCAGCCCGGAAAUCAGAAGAUGUUUACUUCUUGGGAGGAGAGCAAUGACCAACCUCGAUAAAAUAGUGAAGAGCAGAGACAAUGAAGGUCCACAUAGUCAAAGCAAUGGUGUUCCCCAUAGUAACCUAUGGAUGCGAGAACUGGACCAUAAGGAAGGCUGAGUGAAGGAAGAUAGACUCUUUUGAACUCGUGUUGGAAGAAAAUCCCGAGAGUGCCUUGGACCACAAGAAGAUCAAACCAGUCCAUACUCCAGGAAAUAAUGCCCGACUUCUCAUUGAAGGGAAGGAUAUUAAGAGGCAAAGAUGAAGUACUUUGGCCACAUCAUGAGAAGACAGGAAAGAUUGGAAAAGAAAAUGAUGCUGGGGAAAAUGGAAGGAAAAAGGAAGCAGGGCCAACCAAGGGCAAGAUGGAUGGAUGGUAUCCUUGACGUGACUGGCUUGACCUUGAAGGAGCUGGGAGUGGCCACGGCCGACAGGGAGCUAUGGUGUGGACUGGUCCAUGAGGUCACAAAGAGUCGGAAGCGGCUGAACCAAUAAACAACAGCAUGGCCCUGAAGCCUUUUUUCACCACAAACCACACACUGUCCAGAUGAUCCAGGAAGGCUAACUUUCAGUGAGUCCAGCGAAGUUUACCAUCUGAACUGAUGAGUUUUCGCAACAAUGAAUGCCUUGAUCUGGAUGGGAUCGAGAAGCAAUGGAAAGAAGGAACGUGCAGCCUUGGCCCUGAAACAAGCUGGUCCAAAAUACAUUGCAUUUGCAAAGCCAAAGAACUCAGCACAAUUACAGGUAGUCCCAGGACAGCAGGGAACUCUGAAACUGGCCUCCGAUUUUUGGCCAGCAAGGUAUUUUCAUUCCCAAAUCAUAAGGAUAUGAAAGGGUCCAUUUUAAUAGAUGAUGUGCAUUAUCCCAUAGCAGAAUUAACAUUAUUUAUCAUUUUUAUACUCUACACAUUGAUGGCUAUCUGGGUCUUAACAAAAGAUAAAGUAGGUAGGGAAGAUGAAAUUAUAGAUCUGCCAGAUAAUGAUCCAUUUGACAAGAUAAAGUACCUAAUCACAAUAUAUACAGGAAGUCGUCCAAGAUCAGGCACAAGAGCUAGUGUUUUUAUUGAGCUGAUUGGCCAAAAUGGAGCCAGUGAUGUGCACCAAUUAAAACAUCCACAUUUUCCAUGUACCCUCCACCGAGGAUCUAUAGACACUUUUCUUUUAACUACGAAGAUCAACUUAGGAGACAUUACUUCUCUUCAUAUCUGGCAUGAUAAUUGCAGCUUUGGUCCUAGUUGGUACCUAAGCCGAAUCAAAGUUCAAAACCUAGAGACUGAACAGUCAUGGCUGUUUUGGUGUAGAAAAUGGUUAUCUCUUCACAUAAGUGAUUGCCAAAUUGAAAGGACAUUUGCUGUUACAAACCCAAAAACACCCAUAAGCAAAAUUGAUUGCUUUUUAAUAACGGUUAGCAAUGACGUGAGAGGAAACCACCUAUGGCUGACUGUCUUCACUUAUAAUAGAAUCCAUGGCUCUUUGAGCCGAUUCCAAAGGUUGUCCUGUUGCUUGGCAAUAUUGCUGAGCUCCUUGAUGUUUAACUCUUUGAUCUUUGCUAGUGAGAAAGAUCAAUUUAUCUUUUCAAAACUGUCAUACCUGAGAUCUAUAAGAACUGGAAUAGCAGGUGCUUUAAUUUCCAUCCCUGUGCAGUUAAUUUUGACCACCUUGUUUAAGCACUCAGAAAAGAGGCCAUCACCACAUAGCCCAGCCCAAAGUCAGCAAAAAAAGAGACCCUCCCCAGUAACUGAAAGUCUUUGCACUGAGGACAAUAUAGGAGAUGCUCCACUUGCGGAGGUGACAUCUCAGCCAUUCCCUCCCUUCAAUGCCAAUGUCAAUAACAAUUAUCAUAUAGAAACCGUAAUACAUCGUAAGAAAACAGAGAACCCACAGCUUAAUCGCUGUUCUGAACUCACGGCUUGGUCCUUGGUGUUUUGUAUCCCUGGGGUGUCAGCGUUUUUCAUCAUAGUGCACGGCCUGUCUUUUGGCUACAUAACAUCCUUGGAAUGGUUGCUAGCUUCCAUGGCAUCAUUUUGUGUACAUAUGUUUCUGUUUGAGACCUUAAAGAUAGUUGUAAUUUCAGCUUGGAGUGCUGGUUCUGCAAAAUACUGUCGAGACAUCUCAUGGCCAAGCUACCAAGCCAUUCAGUUUAAAAGUAGAUCUCAGACUGCCAGUGAGAUGAAAUUCCAGCAUCAUGAGCUGACUGUGCUUAGAGCUUCCGAACAAUACCAACCCUUAAAAAAGGAAGUUGUUAGAAAAUUGCGCAGAAUACAGAGGAUUAAACAUCUGUCUUAUGCUUAUGUGAGGAAUAUGUUCUGCCAUCUUUUUUUCUUUGCUUUAAUAUUAACUGUUGCACACCCUGCAGAAAUCACAAGUUUAUAUUAUUCCAAUCAAUAUAUGACAGAGAAAUUAUCUGUUGAUCUAUCUAAAGUAAUUACAAUAGAGGAUGUUUACACAUGGGUGAAAAAUGUCUUUCUGCCAUUGAUACACAAUGACGAUGAACCAACUUAUCUUUCAGGCACUUGGUACAAAAUUCUUGGAUUGCCCAGAAUGAGACAAAUCAGAAGUAAAAGUUCUCCGACAAAAUGUUCCUUUCCAUAUGGUUUGACAAAUACAUUAAGUAUGAAUGAUAUUCAUUGUCGAAAGAAAUAUGGAAUUGAUCCUGAAGAUCAAGCUGACUAUCUUGGAUCAUGGUCAAUACCGGCCAAGAGGGCAAUUCCUAUUGACAGCCCUGGUUUUUUAGGUUUCAUUUAUGAACAUCCUGCUUAUGGGUGGAAGUAUGACUCAGAUGGGAAAUUCAACAGCUAUUCAGCCAGAGGAUAUAGCUUUUAUUUUUUUCCAGGGGAGCCACAAGAUAAUUCAACAACGAGAUUAGAAACUUUGGAAAGAAACAAGUGGCUUGAUGAUAAGACAUGGGCACUGAUUAUUGAACUGACCACCUUUAACCCAGAUACAGAUCUAUACUGCUGUAUUUCGGUCAUAUUUGAGUUUUCUUACAUUGGCCCUAUUGUCUCUAAGGUGUCUGUUAAAUCUUGCCAUCUCCCUAUUCUCACUGACCAAUCCACCAGUGAGAUUUUCUUUUUGCUAGCCACUGUAUAUAUGCUCAUAACAUAUAUUUCUGAUGAAUGCUGGAUGAUAUAUAAAGAUAGGCUGAAAUAUAUAAAAUCAGCUACCAACUUAAUCAAUCUUGGAAUGAAGACAUUUUGUAUUAUUUAUAUAAUAUGCCUUGUAUACAAAUUUCAUCUUGCUGUGGAAUUAGUGCAUUUUUAUCUUCUUAAUCCAUAUCAGUUCAUUCCUUUCCAUGCAGCUUCCCAGUUUGAUGAAGCAGUCAGGAUAGUUAUGGCAUUUUUGCUUUUUCUCUUAGUUUUGAAAAUGUUCCGCUAUUUCAGAUUCUUGUAUGGUGUACGCCUGGCCCAGAAAUCCUUACAUGAAGCUUUGCCUAAAAUGAUUAAUCUGUCUUUUGCAGGGGGCAUAUUCUUUUUUGGGUUUAUGUCACUUGGGUAUCUAGCAUUUGGACAACAUGAAGUAACAUUUCGAACUCUAUUAGAUUCUUUUACCACUGUAUUGUCUUACUGUGCCUUGGCAUUUAGGGACACUGAAUUUUCAUCUGAUAAGCUUCUAGGUGGUCUUUUCUUAGGUUGUUUUCAGUUUGUGAUGAUUUGUGUUUUUGUCAAUUUAAGUGAAGCUAUUAUAAUCUCUGCUCAUGUGGACAUGAAAGAAGCUGUUUAUGAACUACCAUCAAAUGAAGCUGAAGUGAUAAACUACCUAGUCCAGAAAAUCUACAGGUUCUGUUUUUUUCUUACCACUGGUAGAAAAACUUCAAAAGAAACUACGUUCUUAAAUCGGAUACUGUAUGGAAAAACUGAAAAACAUAAUAAGCGACAGACUAAUAGGCAGUGUAUGUAGCGAUACAAAGGCUUAUCUUUAUGUUUGAUGAAUGUGUAAAAUAAAUUAAUUUUUGUAAUAGUU